UUUCCACCCUGACUCGUUACCCCAGACUCUUCGCAGAUGUUAGUUCACAGUUUUUCAGCUAUGGACCGUCACGACGGCACCAGCAACGGAACUGCACGGUUGCCCCAACUGGGCACUGUAGGUCAAUCUCCCUACACGAGCGCCCCGCCGCUGUCCCACACCCCAAAUGCUGACUUCCAGCCCCCUUACUUCCCCCCGCCCUACCAGCCUAUCUACCCCCAGUCCCAGGAUCCUUACUCCCACGUCAACGACCCCUACAGCCUCAACCCCCUACACGCUCAGCCGCAGCCGCAGCCCCCGGGCUGGCCCGGCCAGAGGCAAAGCCAGGAGUCUGGGCUCCUGCACACGCACCGGGGGCUGCCCCACCAGCUGUCGGGCCUGGAUCCGCGCAGGGACUACCGGCGGCACGAAGACCUCCUGCACGGCCCGCACGGGCUCGGCUCAGGACUCGGAGACAUCCCGAUCCACUCCUUACCUCACGCCAUCGAAGACGUCCCGCACGCAGAAGACCCGGGUAUUAACAUCCCAGAUCAAACUGUAAUUAAGAAAGGCCCCGUGUCCCUGUCCAAAUCCAACAGCAACGCCGUCUCCGCCAUCCCUAUUAACAAGGACAACCUCUUCGGCGGGGUGGUGAACCCCAACGAAGUCUUCUGUUCAGUUCCGGGUCGCCUCUCGCUCCUCAGCUCCACCUCGAAGUACAAGGUCACGGUGGCGGAAGUGCAGCGGCGCCUCUCCCCGCCCGAGUGUCUCAACGCGUCGCUGCUGGGCGGGGUGCUGCGGAGGGCGAAGUCGAAAAAUGGAGGAAGAUCUUUAAGAGAAAAACUGGAUAAAAUAGGAUUAAAUCUGCCGGCAGGGAGACGUAAGGCAGCCAACGUGACCCUGCUCACGUCACUCGUGGAGGGAGAAGCCGUCCACCUAGCCAGGGACUUUGGGUAUGUGUGCGAAACCGAAUUUCCUGCCAAAGCAGUAGCUGAAUUUCUCAACCGACAACAUUCCGAUCCCAAUGAGCAAGUGACAAGAAAAAACAUGCUCCUGGCUACCAAACAGAUAUGCAAAGAGUUCACCGACCUGCUGGCCCAGGACCGGUCUCCCCUGGGGAACUCCCGGCCCAACCCCAUCCUGGAGCCUGGCAUCCAGAGCUGCUUAACUCACUUCAACCUCAUCUCGCACGGCUUCGGCAGCCCCGCCGUGUGCGCCGCCGUCACGGCCCUGCAGAACUAUCUCACCGAGGCCCUCAAGGCCAUGGACAAAAUGUACCUCAGUAACAACCCCAACAGCCACACGGACAGCAGCGCCAAAAGCAGCGACAAAGAGGAGAAACACAGGAAGUGAGCCCCGCCCGCCGCACCUCUGCCCUCCCCACCCCCCGCCGGCAGGUGACAGCUGGGGACCAGCCACCCUCACUGCCGCUGCUGCUGCUACCGCCAUCACCGCCACCGCCGCCGCCCCGGCUCCCCCAGGCUCCCGGGGACUGCUCCACUGUCAGGAGUGGGCAGCCACUGCCGACUCGGCCCCCUGCCUCGACUUACCCCUUCAGCACCCACAAGCCUCCCCCACCCCCGCCCUCUUCUGGAGCCUAAGAGAACAGAACAGGCCGUGAAGCCAGCAAAGAAAAGUUCUGUCAAGUUUAUGAACUUUUUUUUUUAAUAUCAGCAACAGCAACGAAAAUAUUAAAAAAAAAACAAACUUUUUUUCUAGAAAAAAGAACAUAAAAAUAAAAAAAAAAAAUUAUCUGAGCUUCAUGGGACUGAAGCACGACCUUCCCUUCCAUACUCCAGUUCAGAUUGUAGCCAUACUAAAAAUAAUAAUAAAAGGCAAAAAGGAUAAUGACAUUUUUAUCAGUAUUGUGAAUAAACUUGAACACAAAUACACGAAGUUCCAUGUCAUGUCUUCAGUUGUACAAGUUUUCCCUCAAGGUAAAGCGACCAACUGGAACUCUGGCACAAGAUUCAGUUCCAUAAGGGAAUCAGUGUUCAUGAUUCUGUAUAUAUUUAUUUAUGUGUAAUUUAAUGGGAAUUGUAAAUAUGGUGAGUCUGUUUUAAGCCAUUUUUUUUUUUUUUUAAUUUAUCUGGUGAUCCUGUUUACCUCUUGUUUGGUGGGUUUGGAAUCUUCCCUUUAGUUCUUCAUUGUGGUUCAUGGUACUUAUUUAGAAAUCCAAGGUUUGGGGAAUUUUUUUUUCCUUUCCCUCUGGCAUUCAUGAAUUUAGCCCUGUUGUAGCAUGUUAAAGGUGACAGUGAAACAGCUGAACAAAUUUUAAAAAGCCAAAUAAAAUUUUAUUUAUAAUUAGUGUUACAUUUAGCUUUUCAUUGAACUGAAAGUAAACAAACAAAAAAAAAAUGCUACUGGACCCCAGAACGAUUUUUAAACUGGAGUGGCUCGAUGAGUCUUCUGAGCGUGGUGGGGAGGAAAAGGAAGAGUUUGUCUAGUCCACUGUCCUCCCAGGAAACCAUCUCUUGAGCAAUAAAUGAAUAUUGUCUUUAAACCAAGGGUUAGCGACUUUCUCUCUCUCUCUCUCUCUUUUUAUUCAAAGAACUUCAGACAUUUGGGACCACCUGGUAUUCUGUCUUUUCACUGGCCAUAUUGGAAGCAGUUCUAGUUGUAUUGUACUGGGUUGUGCUGGCAGUAGUUUCCAUGCCUGUCAAUGUAUCAUAGUCCUUUGUUGCCCAGAUAAAUAAAUAUUUGAUACGCUUUA